CGGCGAGGGCGCUUCAGGCUGUACCAAUUUUCGAACACGUUUCAAAAAGUAUUUUUUCCGAACGUUUUGGCGCGCGAUUCGAGCUCGACGUUCGAUUGUUGAACUUGAUUUGGUAGAAGUGGUUUUGUAUUUUGCUUGUAUUCUUUUUUAUGGAAUAAAAUGGCCAGUAUUUUUAAAUAGUUGAAAUCGUAAAUUGUGAGUGGAAAUAUUUAUUUUUUUUGCGAAUUUUAAAAUGUUGACAAGAGGAUUAUUUUCAUGAGGAGCGACGCGCAAGACAUUUCAAAAUGGCUGCCCGUCCUGCGGUCUACCUCUUUACAGUACAUUUUCUCUCGUGUAUUAUUGUCUGCCGUCAAGACAGCGGGCGCGCGCGGGACCAAAACACAGUGUCCGAGUCUUCCAGAAGGUUCCGCGAGGAGUUCCUCGAGGACUGGCCCCAAGCGCCAGGGUCCCCGUACUUCGACCCGAGCACCCCUGUGAACGUGACGGGCCUGGUGGGCCACCCGGUCACGCUGUACUGUAAAGUGAAGAAUCUGCAAAAUAGGACGGUGUCCUGGGUCCGGCACCGCGACAUCCACCUGCUGACGGUGGGUCGCUACACGUACACGUCGGACCAGCGCUUCGAGGCGCAGCACCGGCCGCGCUCCGAGGAGUGGGCGCUCCGGAUCCGCAGUCCACAGCGGAGGGACUCUGGACAAUACGAGUGCCAGAUCUCCACGACCCCUCCUAUUGGCCACGCUGUCUAUCUUCACAUUGUAGAACCUGAAACAGAAAUAAUGGGAGGUGCUGACCUCUUCAUCUACGCGGGCUCCACCAUAAAUCUCACCUGCAUUGUGAGACACACGCCUGAACCGCCCAAUACUAUCAAUUGGACUCAUAAAGGAAAGACCAUAAACUUCGACUCGACACGAGGUGGUAUUUCUCUAGUGACAGAGAAAGGUACACAUAGCAGCAGCCGUCUCCUCGUACAAGCAGCACGAACAACCGACGCGGGCGCAUACCAGUGUGUGCCUGACAACGCGCAAUCUGCUACCGCCAGAGUCCACGUUCUUACUGGUGAGACUCCGGCGGCAAUGCAAGGCAGCGCGCAAUGGGCGAGCUGUUUCAGUUUAUCUUCUCUAUUAUUCUUAGCCUCCUUUGUUCAUAACUAUAUUGCUUGCCUAGACAACAUACAUUUCACUUUAUAUUGUCAUACGUUUGUGGCAUAAGUUUAAAAUUUAAACAGAAAUAAGUCCUACCGACUACGCCACGAUUCUUGAGAAGGACUACGACAAAAGCGUUGUUAAACUUUAUAUGACGCGUUAUGUUGUAAUGAAAACAGUUUUAAGUGAUAUGUGUAUUAGUGAACUGUGGAAGACAUGGGUGCAGAGACACAAAUGUGCCAAUAGCAGUGAAUAUCCAGCUCAUCAUCAGGGUAACAUUGUUGAAGUGUAACAUUUUAAAAUUAAUUAAAAUAUCGAUUCAGUUGACAAUGAACGUAAUAUUACGACUAAAUAUUGAAUAGUAGACGAAUUGUUUUUAAAAUGUGAAAUUGAUUUAAAUAAAACGAUCAUUUUUUUCC